AAAACAUCAGUAAUACCCAUAAACAGAAAACACAAAUUCCUCAUCAGUGGACUAUUUCGUUGUUACUUUUUCUCUUGUGCAAAUUUAAUAUGAAUAUGAGGUUCUGCUGUGUUAUUUUUUAAGAUUUUAAUGGGAUGUACAUCUACUUGAGUCAUUUCAUAUAAAUUGCAAGCAAGUUGUGUAUUGGGCUUUAGUCUACGCACUGCUAACAAAGUCUACGGACAAAAUCGAAGGAAACCUGUGACUCACAUAGCAAAUUUUGACUCAUCGGAUUGAAAAUAGUUUGUUGGAGUGACAUUGAAAGCUGGAAAACACUGUGAGUCAGGAGAUACUGAAAUAAUAUUAGAUAAAUUUUGGAGAUUUAAACCAGGAAAGGUGGCGGCGAAAUUCAAGCACAGAACAAUGGAGACGACCAUGUAUAAUGACGACGGGGCGGGAAGAGAAAAUACGACAUUCGGAAAUAAACUGAACAGUAUGAAACGGUCUAUGACUUUGGACUUUAAUGCAGGAAAUGGAAUUUCCAGUGCUAAGAAACAAAAAAUCCAAACAGCACUGUUACAAUCGCCAGACUUGAACAUGUUAAAAUUGGCGUCACCAGAACUAGAAAAAAUGAUAAUUCAGGCAAAUGGUAUGGUUACAACAACACCAACACCGACACAGAUUUUAUUUCCGAAAUUUGUGACUGAUGAGCAAGAGGCCUAUGCUCAGGGGUUUGUUGCGGCACUCGCAGAGUUACAUUCUAAGCCGGAGGGAGAGGAAAAUUUUGAAAAUCCAACCAGUUCAUCAAUAAAUGAUGCUUUAAAAAACAUUUUUACCACAACAACAUCAUUACCAGGUGGUAUUGUGCCAACGAGUUCACUGCCAUCAAAAUCCUUGCUUAAUCCAGUGACAUAUCCAAUGGUCACAGUUAAAGAGGAACCUCAAACUGUUCCUUGUGGACUUAAUUCUCCUCCACCUUCACCAAUUAACAUGGAAAAUCAGGAGGUGAUUAAACUUGAGCGCAAGAGAGCUAGGAAUCGUGUUGCAGCUAGGAAGUGCCGUACUAGAAAACUUGAAAGAAUUGCGCGACUUGAAGAUAAAGUUGCCGACCUUAAAGGACAAAAUAAUGACUUAUCAUCUCAGGCUUCAAAACUUAGAGAUGAAGUUUGUAAAUUAAAACAAACAAUAAUUGAACAUGUCAACAGUGGGUGCCAGAUAAUGAUGUCACAGAAUAUCAACUUUUAAUUCAAAUGCAAUAAAUUGACAUUAGGAUUUUAAUAAAUUGGAAAAAUAACGGGUGGCAGAUGGACAUGUCAGAAUGUGAUAUUAAUACUGUGACUGAACUAGCAUAAUUAUUCUGAAUCUGGAAAUUGAAACAGAUGAAGUAAUUUAUUUCAAUUGUACAAGCUUUUAACUGUUUUUUGUAGCUUAUACCUUGAAAUUGACAACCGAGUAUUUUGUACUCUGAACAAAUGUUGUAAAACUCUUAACUAAUAUUAAUUUGUUUCUUUUCUAUUUGUUAAAGCGUUCUGAGUUUAAUUGCUUGAAGUGCUAAAAGCAAAUUAAUGUAUAGACAAAUACAUGGUUUAGAUAUUUUAUCACAACACAAAAUUCACAUAUUUGAAAUAAGACAUGAUAAGUACAGUAUUUUUGUGUAUUAAAACCUUGUUAAAAGAUCUUUGUUUAGAUCUGAGAGAAUGUUUGUGUAAAAGUCAUAUUUCAUAAUUCAUUUCACAGGACCAAGUAUCAUUCAUCACAAAUUCAUUAUAUUGCCAUUUUCUAUUCCAUGUAAAAAUGUUAUGGUGCUGCUAUUUAAAUGUGGUUUAUAUUGUUAAUAAGUUUAUGCUUCAUUAAUAUUGAAUGUUUUUUAUUUGUAUUUUCGUUAAGAUAUUUGAAAUAUUAAAAUUAAGAAAACAUCAAAA